AUGUGCAUUCGCAGUACUCGUCGUCGACGUUCCAAUAUCCCCGCGGACUUCGCCAUGGUGGAAUUGUCGGAGGCCGCUCCGUUCAACGACUGCACAGGCUCGGCAUGCCUCCCGAGCACAGACGUCGCCGAUGGCGAGACGUGCAUCAUCACAGGAUGGGGCACCCUCUCCUCGGGCGGGUCGUCGCCCGACCUGUUGCAGGAGGCGCAGGUGCGCAUCGUCAGCCACUCGGAUUGCAGCGCCUCUUACAGCGGCGCGGUCACCGAGGACAUGGUGUGCGCGCAGGGCCGCAACAGCGCCGGCGAGAUCACGGACGCCUGCCAGGGCGACAGCGGCGGACCACUCGUGUGCGCUUCAGGGGGCGACGCCUACGUGCUCCAUGGGGCCACCUCGUGGGGCAACGGCUGCGCCGACGCCAGGUACCCAGGAGUGUGGUCUCGGGUGAACUUUGUGCGCGCCUGGAUCGACGACGUGAUGGCCACCCCACCGCCGACGCCAGCUCCUCCUCCAACGCCUGCCCCACCGCCAACACCUGCGCCCGAGCACAUGUGGGCCGGCGUCGUCGGCCAGUGCGCACUGGAUGGCACCUGUGUGCAGAGCCUGAACUACCCGCAAGACUACGGCAACGAUGAGGGUUGCACCGUAGAGGUCUACGUGCAUGUAGCAGCACCCAUCGUGGUUGAGGGUUUCGAGACCGAGGAUACGUUUGAUACCCUAAUAGUGAACGGGAUGCCCUACCAUGGAACUUCAGGGCCCAGCGGCGUCACUCCAACAGCUGACAUGCACUGGACGUCGGAUUUCUCGAUUGCACGAAGCGGGUGGAGGUUGUGCCAGCUAUUGCCAACACCUGCACCACCGCCAACGCCAGAGCCGCCACCUACGCCAGCUCCAGUGCACAUGUGGGCUAGCGUCGUCGGCCAGUGCACCCUGGAUGGCAAUUGCGUGCAGAGCCCGAACUACCCGCAGGAUUAUGGCAACGAUGAGGGCUGCACCGUAAAGAUUGACAUAGGCUUGACAGCGCCCAUCACUGUAGCGAGCUUCUACACUGAGUCCUACUUCGAUGUGCUCGUCGUGAACGGAGUAGAGUACUCAGGAAGUUCGGGGCCCAGCGGCAUCACUCCAACAGUUGACAUACACUGGACGUCGGACCACUCGAUUGCAGGCAGUGGGUGGGAGUUGUGCAUGCCCGCACCACCCACGCCAGCUCCGCCACCACCGCCGCCAACGCCAGCUCCGCCACCCACGCCCGCUCCACCACCAACACCGCCGGCGCUGUGCGGCGCGAAGGGGCCCGACUACACUCCCUGGACAGGCAGCGGCAAGGGGGGGUCGAGGGCCGAGCGCAUAGUGGCGGGGCAGGACGCCACACCGUGCGAGUGGAAGUGGCAGGUCUCCCUGUCCUCCGGGGACUGGCACUUCUGCGGCGGCACGCUCACCGCGCGUGCUGGGUCCUCACGGCCGCCCACUGCGUGGAGAGUGGGGCCUCGUUUUCCGUGGUCGCGGGCAGCUACGGCCUGCACGACACGGACGAGAUGCAGGUGGUUCUGCAGGUGGCGCAGGUGUAUUCUCAUUUGCAGUAUAGCUCUUCCACGUUCGCCAACGACUUUGCCAUGGUGGAACUGA